AUGGUUAAGGAUACUACAUAUUAUGACGUAUUAGGUGUAGAAGUCACUGCUACUGACAUUGAGUUGAAGAAAGCAUACAGAAAGAAGGCCAUUAAACUUCAUCCUGAUAAGAACCUCGAUGACCCAAAUGCUGCUGACAAGUUCAAGGAAGUGGGUGAAGCAUAUGGAGUAUUAUCCAAUCCUGAGUCUAGGAAAAUUUAUGAUGAAGUUGGAAAGGAUGGUAUGAAUAGUAGUGCCGUUGAAGAAGCCGACCCUAGUGAAUUCUUUGCCGCAGCUUUUGGAGGAGAAGCUUUUAAAGAUUGGAUUGGUGAGUUAAGUAUGUUGAAUGAUUUAAACAAAACCAAUGAAGUGUUCCUGACGGAAGAAGAUGGAGGUGGUGAACCCCCCUCCUCGGGUACAGGUACCUUGAAUUCAAAGACAGAAAAACCCUCUGAGGUGGAUAGUAACAUUACCACUGAUCUUCAACAAAUGAAGGUAAGUGAAGGAACUUCACAGAAGACAGAAGGCGCAGACAUAGUUUCUGAGUAUAAUGAAGCAAAGAAACGGACAAAACAAAAGAUGACACAAGCCCAAAGAGAUGAAUUGAUGAGACUUAGUGAAGAAGCAAAAUUAGCUAAGGAAGAAAGAGUCAAUGGUUUAGUUCAAUUAUUGGAAGUAAGAAUUAAUAAGUUUGAAUCAUGUUAUAAGAAUCCCGAAGCCCUUGCAUCAUUUGAUUCUGGUUUGAAUAAGGAAUUUGAAGACUUAAAGAUUGAAAGUUUUGGAUUACCCUUGUUGCAUCUUAUUGGUAAAGUUUAUACUCAACAAGCACAUGCUGCAAUUCUGGCCUCUAAGACCUUUGGUGUUACCAAGUUAUUUACAUCUGUCAAGACCAAAACUGAUAGAGUUAAAGGUGGGUUUUCGAUAAUAAAGGCAGCUUUAGAUGCUAAAGUUGCGUUGGCAGAGAUGGUUCAGCAUGAAGAAGUACUUCAAGCUAAAGUCGAAGCUGGAGAAGCCAUUAGCACCGAGGAACAAUACGAACUGUUAAGAUAUCAAAGAUUAAUUACUGGUAAAUUUAUUGCUGCUGCUUGGGCAGUUACAAAGUAUGAAGUGGUUGGAGUAUUAAACAAGGUCUGUUAUAAAUUAUUUAGAGAUUCUUCAGUGUCAAAGAAGGAAAGAGUAAGAAGAGCAGAUGCUGUGUUACAUAUUGGGAAGCUUAUGUCCAAUGUAAAGAGAACUCCUGAAGAAGAAGAAGAGGCUCAAAUAUUUGAAGAAAUGAUGGCUGAAGCUUCUGCUAAAAAGCAAAAGAAAGAAGGCACUGCAAUUAGUGAAGCAGAAAUAGCUGCCUAUUUAAAGAAAAUGGAAGAAGAAGCCGCUGCUAAUAAUAAUUAUUCCUCAUCCGCUGGUACCAGUUCAUCUUCAGUUCCAAGCUCCAGUAAUAAUUAG